AUUAGAAUUGGGGCUCUUUGAGCCCAAUUUGCUUACCGACAGCCCAAAGUUCCAUUUUCCGAAACAAAGCCUAGUCUUUACAGUUCACAUCUCAGUCGCCGGUUGCCGCCACUCGCCGUGGUCCUCGCCGUACUCAGGUUGUUGAUUGAUCUUUCAGAGGAAUCAGUAGAUGGUUACUAGAAUUCAAAAAUGAAUUUGAUGUUUUCGCGACUGAGGCAGCAUUUGCAUGCUGUACUCUUCAAACGAUCUGUUCGAUCCAAUGUGGCUGACUCCUGUUUUGUUACCUCAACUGUUUUUACUCGACAUUUCUCUCAGCAAGUAGAGAUUAACCAGAGAAAGCUUCCAGCAGAUUAUGAUCCUGUGACUUUUGAUCCUACUGAGCAUCGUAGUCCUCCAUCAGAAAGGGUAUGGAGGCUCGUUGAUGAAGUAUCAGGACUUACCCUGGUCGAAGUUGCAGAAGUGUCUUCGAUUAUUAUGAAGAGGUUAGGCAUGACAGAGCGACCAACAGUUGGAGUUAUGAAGGCAGGGGCUGCUGGAUUUGCAGCAGCUAUGAAGGGACCAGAAGCAGCUAAGGAGGAAAAGAAACCGGAGAAAACUGCUUUUGAACUUAAACUAGAGUCAUACGAGUCAGCUCAAAAGAUAAAGAUAAUCAAAGAGGUCCGCAGUUCUACUGAUUUGGGACUCAAGGAAGCGAAAGACUUAGUUGAGAAGACUCCUGCUGUUUUCAAGAAGGGAGUAUCAAAGAAAGAAGCGGAACAAAUAAUUGACAAGAUGAAAGCUAUUGGAGCAAAAGUUGUUAUGGAAUGAUAAGUAUUUGAUUUGAUAUCGAGUUCUUGGUCCUCAAGAUGGCGAGGACUCACCCUCUUCAAGAAAAAGAAGAAACGAGGCCAUCGAAGAUCCAGACAAGAUAUGCACCUCUUCAAGAAUGAUAAAUAACAAUCCAUCAACUUUCAUAUGGUAUUUUGGCCUGAACUCUUCGAUACUCAAUCAAAUCCUCUUUUUUGAUGACUAAAUGCGUUUUUUGAAACUAAACUAUGCUUCAUUAGGCUAUUAUACAGUUUUAGCUUGACAUUAUUCCUUAUGCAAAACCUUUGAUUAUAUAUAGUUUAUAGUUAAUAGAAAGGCUAAAUAUUAGUACUUAAAUUAGAUCAUUUUCAUGACAGAUUAUCUUUUAUAGUUAAUUUUGUAAACUGCAUUUUGUGUUUGUAUUU